UUACGGUAACCGGUCUCUAUCUACCAGCAGGACCAAGUGUGGACAGGCACGCUGGGGCUGGAAGGAGGAUGAGUUCAGCAUGAGCUUGGAAGAGUUGGAUAUAUUUUGGAUAUUCGAAUUGGGAAAACACGAUUGACCAACAUCCCGAUCGCUUGCCUCGAGCAUGACCAAAUACUUGUUCCUGGGCGCAUUGGCCCUUUUGGCUCCUCCUGCAUUCGCGCAAAGUUGCAUCUCACUACAGGGUUCGACGACGUGUCCAGCUUUCAAUGCUUCCUCCAUUUCAACCGAUACUACUUUAGUCGGUCUAUAUCCCUUUCUAGCAUAUGUUACGUCGAGAGAGACCUUCGACACACAAUUAACGCAAUAUGUAUCCCACGGAUACGUACAAUCGAAAUACGUCAAUUUGUUUGGUUGUGACAACAUCAAUUUGGGCAACACCAGCGACUACUACGCCCGAUAUACUUUGAGCUUUAUCUGCAACGGCAUUAUUCAGAACUCCAAGACGCCUUGCGGCCUGUCAACCGCCGAUUCACAACCUUUAUGCGCCGACUCCUGUGCCGAUCUGGCAACAAGCGAGGAAGAGAUUGUUUCAAGCAGCCUAUGUUCAGGUAAAAACAGCAAUUAUGCCAACCAACUUCGAGCCGACUUCACAAAUUGCGCCUUGCCAGCCAACUCUAUUAGUGGAAGCUGCAUCUCAGGCGAAGUCAAUGAGCCUGACGAAUGUGGAUUUGGAGGCAAUUUGCAGGGCCUCUGCAAUUUCUGUCGUUCGAGCACCGUCAAUAGCACCGACUCGUGCUGCGUGACCUCAAAUGCGACUGGCCGUUGUGAGGAUGUGACCCUGCCAGUCUUUUCAACCAUCUCAAAUUUGCUCUCCUCUACAGCAAGUUCAACGGCAUCGCCCACUAGUAGCAAGAGUGCUGGUGCUGCCAAAUCUACCAGCCACCAUGGCCUCAGUGGCGGAGCUAUUGCAGGUAUUGUGGUCGGAGCAGUCCUCGGCUUUCUACUUCUCUGCGCCCUUAUCGUCCUCUGUGUCUUUUGCCUGCGUCGAAGGCGCCACGGUAGCAAAGCUGGCAGCCUUCUCAACCAGCCAUCUCCGCAAAGGAAAGGUGAUCCUGCCAUGGCAUAUAAUCAGCCGAUGUCUCAACAAGGAUAUGAAGUUCUUCCCGGCGGUCGAGUGGCACGUAUGUCUGCAUUGCGAGACGACCAGCAGCCCGUGAUAGGUCCGCGCGGCAAUUAUACCUCACAUACGGAUCCGUAUGGUGACAGUCCAGAGUCGCAUGAAAAGGCCGUGGGCAUGGUUGGAACCAAACAUGAUGGAUCACCUGGUACGGAAUCCCAACAUAACAGCUCUCCUGGCGACUUCUCCUCUCCGGAAGGUGUCGGCAGUGGUCAGUCAGAACAACUUCCUUUCUUCAAAGACUACUACUCGAAUGACGACAUCCAUCCUGGCGAUAAGGUCGCUGCGCUCUGGGCGUAUCAACCUCGUGCUGGAGAUGAAUUCGAGCUCGAAAGAGGGGAUAUGCUCAAAGUUGUCGGCAUCUGGGAUGACGGCUGGGCCACCGGAGUGCGAAUCAAUGAUCGAGCCGAGGACUAUGAUGGCAAGCAUAAGGUGCAACGAGACAGCGGCGUGUCCAACGGCUCCGAGGGCCGCAACGAUUCACCAACCCCUACCGGAGAAAUCAAGGCUUUUCCCUUGGUCUGUGUUUGUCUACCUGAGGCGUGGAAAAAGACGGUGGAGGGUGAUACUUCCACCGAAGGCGGCUCAGGUGGUUUUGCUCUCCCAUGAGGAUGGAGUCACACAUGAUGCUGCAUUUACGAAGACAUACGAUUAGCCAGGGCGUUCCGGAUGCAUGGUCGAUGAUCCAUGAGAACUACACUAUUCGAUAAUACCAGUAAUACUACGAGGACGACCUCCACGUUCCGAAGAAGCCGACCAUACAAU